AUGCAGCGCGCCUCGGUGGUCACAAACGCAAACGCCGCGCUAACCAUUCCGAGCGCGGAGGUGCCGCGUUUCCGCGCCGUGCACGAGGAGGUCAUCAGGCUGGACCACGACUUUGGGGCGUCGUUCAGCGGCGUGCUCACCGACGACGCCGGCCGCGUGCGUGCGCUGUGGGGCAGCUACGCGGAGCAAGUGGAUAAGGAGGAGCGCGAGUGGUGCGCAGGGCUGCCGACGCACGUGUUUGCGCCCUGGGUGGAGAAGCUGGCUGCCCUCGACACCACGCCUGUGCUGGCCACGCCGCCUGUCAGGACACUGGACGCCGAGCUGGAGGCGGUCCUGCUGUCCAAGGCGGCCCAGUUUGGCCUGCCAGGCGCCUGGGUCUCGCGCCUCGACGCGCUCGACCCGGAGCGGCGGCAGGUUUUGCGCGUGCGCAGCUGCGUCGCCGACAGCCCAGCAGCGGCGCUGCUGAGCGGCGGCGACAUGAUCCUGCAGAUCGACGGGCGGCCGGUGACGUGCUUCGGGGACGUCGACGCCGCAAUACAGCGGGCGUGCGAGGCGCCGGCGGCGGGCGGCGGCUGCGGCGAGGGCGAGGCGGAGGAGGCGGCGAGCGCGGAGGCCGGCGCAGCGGCGGCGCCGCCUGCCAAGCGGCGGCGCGGCGGCGGGCAGGGGCAGGGGCAGCAGCCAACGAAGCAGCGGCAGGGGCGGAGACGGGGGAAGCGGCAGGGAGAUGACGAGGAUGCCAAGGGGGAAGGGCAAGGCGAGCGUCAAGGCAGCGGCGGCAUGGGCGGCGGCAUGGGCGGCUUGGAAGCCAAUGGCGUGCAGGAGGGGGGCAGCAGCAAGCGCCCGCCAGAGCAGCAGCAGGGCACGGCUCCUGUCAUCAAGGGCGGCGCAGGUCAGCAGCAGCAGCAGCAGCAGCAGGAUGAGCAGGGGGGCCAGCGCCAGGGCGGGGUGGAAGCCGCCCGGCAGCUGCCCGAGGUCAUGCUCACCGUGUUCGACAAGUCCCGCGCCGUGCGGGACGUGCGGGUGCGGCUCCAGGAGGAGUGCGGCAUGGGCACCAGCCGGCUGGUGCACUGGGCGGGCGCGCAGCUGCAGGCGCCGCACCGCGCGGUGCGGGAGCUGGGGUUCCUGCCGCCAGGGGGUGGCGGCGUCUACAUCAGCAGGUGGCACCACGGGUCGCCCGCGCACCGAUAUGGGCUUUACGCCCUCCACGCAAUCCUGGAGGUCAACGGGCGGCCCACGCCCGACCUGGACGCGUUUUUGGCGGCGGUGGAGGGCCUGGGGGACGGCGACUUUGCGCGCGUCUGCCUGUGCCACCUUGAGACGACGCAGCGGAAGGUGCUGUCGGUGCGCGUGGACCUGCGCUACUUCCCCACCUGGGAGCUGCGGCUGGACCUGGGGACUGCCACCUGGCGUCGCACGCUGAUCAGCGGGGGCCAAGGCCACUAG